AUGCUGCUCCUGCUACUGGCAUUGAUCGCAGUUCAUUUCCCAGCUGGUGACACUAAAGACGCCUUCCAAGGACCGAUCUCCUUCCAUGUCAUCCAAAUUUCGUCUUUUGCCAACAGCACCUGGGUGAAAUAUCAAGGCUCAGGCUGGUUGGGAGAUUUACAGAUUCAUGACUGGGACAGUAAUUCAGGCACUGCUACAUUCCUGAAGCCUUGGUCUAAAGGCAACUUCAGUGAUGAAGAGGUGUCUCAUGUGGUGGAGCUGUUUCGAAUCUAUAUCUUCGCAUUCAUUCGAGAAAUGAAAGCCGACGUGAAUGCCUUGCGGAUAGAAUAUCCCUUUGAGAUCCAGGGCAUUGGAGGCUGUCAGCUGCAUUCUGGGGGUGCCAUUGUAAGCUUCUUGAGAGGAGCAUUGGGAGGACUAGAUUUUGUGAGCUUCAAGAAUUCUUCUUGUGUCCCUGCCCCGGAAGGCGGCAGCAGGGCACAGAAAGUUUGCACACUACUCGCUCCAUAUAAAGAUAUCUUCCACACUGUGGAGAAGCUGCUCUAUGAAACCUGCCCACGAUAUCUCCUGGGUGUCCUUGAAGCAGGGAAGGCAGACCUGCAGAGGCAAGUGAAGCCCGAGGCCUGGCUGUCCAGUGGUCCCAGCCCUGGGCCCGGCCGUCUGCAGCUGGUGUGCCACGUCUCUGGCUUCCACCCGAAGCCCGUGUGGGUGACGUGGAUGCGGGGUGAGCAGGAGCAGAAGGACACUCAGCGAGGGGACGUCCUGCCCAAUGCUGAUGAGACCUGGUAUCUCCGAGUGACCCUGGAUGUGGCGGCAGGGGAGGCUGCUGGGCUGUCUUGUCGAGUGCAGCACAGCAGUCUAGGAGGGCAGGACAUCGUCCUCCACUGGGGUCACUCCAUCUCCACUGGCUGGAUCAUUUUGGCAAUAAUAGUUUCCUGUUUGAUCUUUUUCCUGUGUUUUGCACUAUGGAUUUUUAGACACUUGUCCUAUCAGAGCAUCCUAUGACCUCUCACCAAGUCCUGUCUGACAGCUGGAACUAGUACGGAAAAGCCCAGAACCUUACUUGCUAAUCCAUCAAUCCGUCUUGUUAAAUUUCAACAAAUAACCACUCCUUUUAAUCAAUUCAAUGAG